AGCCAAACUCUAUCGCAGCAUGUUGAAUGUCCAGACGUCGAUACAGCUGACGCUCUGUGUUUGUUUGCAUGACGGGUUUUAGGAGGGGAGUGUGAUAUAAGUCGCAGUCAGCCGUCAUUCACAGCUCACAGCACACAGCAAUGAGCACUAGGACAGGUGGUAAAAUUCUGAAAUGACUGACUACCUUAAGAGUGCAGCACUAUUGCGGUCUAGGCCCUUACACACUAAAGAGUAGCGCCGACAGUCAUGAGAACUGAAGUUGUUAUUCUGCAGCAGCCGAUGUCUGUGUGUGUACCACCAAACCAUGAGGUGACUUUAAGAGUUGAAGCAAUAGGCUCUGGUGCAUUGAAGUAUCAGUGGUUUGAUAAACAACAGACAGAGGUGGCAGGUGGGACGGAGCCCGAGCUCACCGUCUCUCUCCAGAGAUCUGGAAAAUAUAUUUGCCGAGUGAGCGACCUGUACUGUAACUAUCAGUUCACAGAAUGGGUAAAAGUGAGAAUCCUAGAUGAAUCAGGUGUUUCUCGCACAUGGAGAGGGGAACCCCAUAUAGUCGUUCACCCAAUAAGCCAAACAGUAAAACCAGGGGAGACUUUCACUCUUAAAUGCACAGCUUUAGGCAAACCUGCGCCUGCCUACCAGUGGUACAGAAAUGGUCGCAUCCUUCCUAAACAAACCACAGAAACACUUAGGAUAGAAAAUGCCAGUGCAGACACUGUGGGCUCAUACCUCUGUGCUGUGUCAAAUAUUGUGGAGGAGAGAUGGUCAGAAGCAGCUGAGAUUGAGAUUGCACCUCCAGAUCAACAACCAACGCCCACGCUUAUGGCAACCGACAAAGUGGCAUUACUGAUUGGGAACCUGAACUACAAUCACCAUCCUGGUCUGAUGGCCCCCACCAUGGAUGUUCAUGAGCUGGCCAAUCUUCUGCAACAGCUGGGCUUCAGAGUGGUCUCUCUGCUUGAUCUCACCCUUCAGGAAAUGCAGGCUGCCAUUGACAAGUUCUUGCAGCUCUUGGACCAUGGGGUGUAUGCUGUUUUUUACUACGCUGGCCAUGGCUACGAGCACUCCGGCAGAAAUUACCUGGUGGCCAUUGACGCUCCACGACCCUACCGUACAGAAAACUGUGUGUGCGUACAGAGAGUGAUGCACAGUAUGCAGGAGAGAAAAGCCCAGCUCAACGUCAUUCUCCUGGAUACCUGUAGGAAAUGGUACAAACAAAAAGGUCCUCCCUCUGAAAUUAAGCCUUUGGCUCCUCUGGGAAACACUGUGUAUGGAUACGCCACGAGUGAAGAUGCAGAGGCUUUUGAGGUCCAGGAUGGUGGCAAGAGCACAGGGAUCUUUACCAAGUAUCUGAACAAACAUGUCUUAAAGCCAGAGAGGGUGACCCAUGUCUUGGAGCUGGUCUCUGAGGAUCUGGGUAAGGACCCACUGGUGCGUGGCAGGCAGGUAGUAGAGAUCAGACACACUCUUGCAGAGCCACGGGCUUUGACCGAUCCCGUGCGAACAUCUGGACACACCAUGGAGCUUCGCCGGCGGGAUGCUUGUUGGAAACAGGCUAAUGUUCUUCCUGGCCGAAGGUCUCUGGACUUUCCAUAUUGUGGUGUUAAGGUGGAGCUGAGUUUCUCAGCCCUGUUCUCCAAUGUCCUGGUUGUGUUUGGUACAGUGAGGAACACAAGCACUAAGGCCCAGGACUGCACUCUGAUUCUUGAGAGUGAACCACAAAUGCAGGACAUUUUCUCAGGUUCUGGUAGAUCAGAAGAAAUGGACAGUCUGCUUGUGAACAGCGGUGAAACUCCUGACUGCACCCUCAGAUUAUGUUGCCUUCAAAGACUCCAGGGAUCUCUGGUGAUCAAAGUGACACUUCACUACACCCACACACAAACUAAAGAACGUCUCACUGUGAGCAAAGAGCUGGACAUAGGCAGGCCUCUCAUUGCCUGCUGCAAGAUGAAUCAGAUGAGACCAGUGGACAGGAGACAAGAGAGUCGUGUCCAUGCUGUGGACCACAUGUCCAGUAUAAGAUAUCCUCAUCAUCAGAACCAUCCUCGACCUGGUCGACCCUACACACGCAAGGCUGAGAACCGAUUACAGAGUUCAGCCAAAUCCACUUCCAUGAGCAGCAAUGAACCAGAGGAGAAUGAUGAAAAUGACUCUAAUGAAUUCACUAUGUGAUGUUCCUUCCUUUUACGAACACACCGUAAGGCAUUGUUUUGAUGCAACAAAGGAUUUUUCUUACAUUAAUUGUUUACUUUUUGCUUACUAAUUACCAGUUGCGAUACAGUAAAUGUGUGUGUGAGAGAGAGAGAGAGAGAGAGAGAGAGAAAGAGAGAGA